UUAAGAGGCGGGUACUGAGGGGCGGGGCUCACGUCAAACCCCGCCCCGGGAACGGCGGCUGCGUGGCGCGAGCCUCAUUGCUUCCGUGUGGUGUCCAAGCGGUUCCGGAUCCAGAUUUUGGUUCUUUUCCCAGAGAAACUGAGGCUGGGAGCCGGAGCGACCGCCCCCAAAGCACACAGAACAUCUGGCCUCGCGUCACUGGCAGUUUCCCCGAAAUCCCCCGUUUUUCCGGCGAGGGGGGUGAUCAAAGUGACAUUUAGGACUGGAAUAGUUGGGGUUCUUGCCUCGUGUUGCAGGUGAGGACGUUCAAACUCGGAGGCGUGGUCAAGGUCUGCUAUUGUGGCUGCGUUGGCGCGGGGAUUCGAACCCGUGCUGAGCCCAACUCUGACCUGACCCCUGAGGCCUUGUGGAGCUGAAAUGACCCACUCCUUGGUUUGUGCAGACACAGUGAGCAGGGUGAGUUCAGUGCUGAAUCGCAACACCCGGCAGUUUGGAAAGAAGCACCUGUUCGACCAGGACGAGGAGACGUGCUGGAACUCAGACCAGGGCCCCUCCCAGUGGGUGACACUAGAGUUCCCACAGCGCAUCCGUGUCUCCCAGCUGCAGAUCCAGUUCCAGGGGGGUUUCUCCAGUCGCCGGGGCUGCCUGGAAGGUUCUCAGAGGAGUGAGGCUUUCAGUAAGAUUGUGGACUUCUACCCUGAGGACAACAACUCGAUUCAGACCUUCCCUGUACCAGCUGCUGAAGUGGACCAGCUAAAGGUAACGUUUGAGGACACCACUGACUUUUUUGGCCGUGUGGUCAUCUACCACCUGAGAGUGCUGGGGGAGAAGGUGUGAGGCCACUGGGCAGCCGCCGCCUCCAGGAAACUCUCAUGGAAGCGCAGCAAAGUCCUUCAAGUUCUGCACAGGUUUAUUGAUUUCUGCUGGGAAGGAUCCCCUCCCACCAUCUGUUCAGGAGCUGCCUUUGAAGCCAGUUCUGGGUUCCCCCAACUCUGGGCUGACCAUUUUGUUCCCUGAGUGUCUGAGUCCCUGUGGGGCUGGUGGCCUUCACUCGGGAUCGUCGGGCACCAGGUUAUUCUGGAAGAGUUUGAGGAUGUGGUUCUCGAUCACCUGUUGCACUGGAAACAGGAAAAGGAAAAGGUGGGCCAUGAAUGGAAUUGGGGCUGCAGAGAAACAGGCCCACGUGCACCCUCCCUUUCAGGGGUUGAGGUGGGGGUUCCUGCCUUGAGAACUGCACCCUUCCCUCUGGGGACGAACAGGGGCCUUCCCACACUGGCACAUGGAUGGAGGACCUAUUUCAUACAUAGGGAAAUCCAUACCUCUCCCAGGAAGAUUGAGGCCCCUAUCCCAGGAACCUCAAUUUCCCCUAAGUUUAUAAAAAUGUGUUUUUGGAGGCAUUGCAGAGUUACAAAAAUAUUCCUUACAAAACAAAA